CUCUUUGACUGGAGCUCGCGAACUUGGGAUCGACAUGGAAGGCCCAAGCGGAGGGUGCGCGAGUAUUCCAGUGGACGGUUCAAGGUUUUUGUCGUAUGGCCACAGCGGAAGAAGAUUUGCAAUCGUGGGGUCCGGGAGGCCAUCGACAUCGGUCCUUCGAACGCUGAAUCAGAAAUGUAGUGCAUCGAGCGCCGGAGAGAGGGCGAAGAGGAAGACGGGAAGCGGAGGCUUGGCCGGAUGUGUCGUGGGGUUUACCGCACCUGCCCACUACGCCCCUCGACUGUCGGAGCUUCUCCGGCACGAGGGCGCUGAGGCAUUGUGGUGUCCGACGAUUGCGACCGAGUGCACCGACGAAACUCGCGCAGCAGUGGAAUCAGCCACGGGAAUCAAAGCAUUUGCCGAUGCACUCCGAGGUCGUAAAUUGCCCGGGGAUCCAUUCAUCGUAGCCGCCCUCGGAAGAGACGGGGAUUAUCUGAACGAGCUGAAUGUGAUCGACUGCAAGGUGCUCGGUCCUGCAACACCGACGCCGUCGGGGCUCGUCGAGGCUUUGGGAGAGGGCAAGGGCCGGAGGAUUAUGUGCCCCGUGCCAUCGGUGGUCGAUCUCGAAGAGCCUCCAGUGGUUCCGGAGUUCCUGCGAGAUUUGACGACGCGCAAUUGGAGGCCUGUUCGAGUGAACGCUUACAUCACGCGGUGGAUGGGUGCGGAGUGUGCCAAAGGACUGGUCAGCGGUAGCAUGGACGCCCUCAUUUUCACCAGCAGUGCUGAAAUCGAAGGGCUUCUGAAGAGCCUGAACUCACUGGGAGAAGACCCGAGCAAGUGGACAGACGAGAAGCGCAGGCCAUUUCUGGUCGCAGCCCAUGGCCCCGUGACCGCCCAUGGAGCAGCCCGCCUUGGCGUUCCAGUCGACGUCGUGGGGUCCAAGUUCUCCAGCUUCUCGGGCGUCAUCCAGCAGCUCAGCCAUCGCGUGGCUCUCGACCGACGCACAUGAAAAGUGCAGCCCAAGCUUUCCACCGCUCUUGGGUUUCAUUACCUGGUUACGCGAAGAUGAGAGAUGGCCAGAAUUGACUAAUGCACGAACGUGGAUUGGAUUAUUCAGACCUCGAACUAAUUCCCUCGCUGAGAAAACUCAAGAAUCUAUCCAUACCUGCUGUCGAGAAAGGGUCUGCGCUUGCUGCAAAAGUUGGGUCAGAGCUUCAAAGCUCUCAAGACUCUGAAAUGAGAAUAUUAGCACUCGAGUGUCUCAUAAGAUCCAAUAGAUCUCGGUGCCAGGUUUUCAUUACCCUGUAGCUCUGUCUCUGUACUGUUUAUACAAAUUAUUCUACCUUGUC